AUGGCUGAGUUCAUUUUCGGGUGGAUAUAUGUAAUAGAAAUGGUUCUAAAGGUUUACUCAUAUGGAUUUGAAAACUAUUGGCGAGAUGGUCAAAAUCGCUUUGAUUUUGUGAUCACAGUGAUAAUAGUCAUUGGAGAAACUAUAGAUUUUGCUUUUCCUGAUGAUGCUCUCCCAUUUUUCACAAAUGGAGAAUGGAUUCGUUACCUACUUCUUGCAAGAAUGUUGAGGUUGAUAAGGCUCCUAAUGCAUGUCCAGCGAUUCCGAAGUUUCGUGGCAACUUUCUUAACUCUGAUACCAAGUUUGAUGCCAUACCUUGGGACCAUAUUUUGCAUCUUGUGUAUUUAUUGCUCACUUGGCGUCCAGAUUUUUGGUGGUCUAGUUAAUGCUGGAAACCCAGAUUUGGAGGCCACAGACCUUGCUGCUAAUGACUAUUUACUUUUUAAUUUCAAUGAUUAUCCAAAUGGAAUGGUGGCACUAUUCAAUUUGCUAGUCUCGGGGAUAUGGGGAGAAUUGAUGGAGAGUUACAGAGAUUUAACUGGAACUUCUUGGACCCAUGUGUACUUCAUUAGCUUCUACUUAAUUACGGUUUUGCUUCUUUUGAACUUGAUUAUUGCUUUUGUCUUGGAGGCAUUCUUUGCUGAAAUAGAGCUUGAGUCAUCAGAAACUUGUGAUGGAGAUGACAAGGGAGUUGCAGGAGAUAGAUAUCCGAGGCGACGAACUCUUGGAACGAAAACACGAAGCCAGAGGGUUGAUGCACUUCUUCAUCAUAUGCUGAGCGCCGAGCUUUGUCAAAAUCAUCCUUCCAGUACAUAA